CAAAUGCCAUGGUCGGCGCGUCUGUUUCACAUGUUAAGGCAACAGAAUACGUCGCCACCAGUGAUAUACUCUAUACCAGGUUACUAUUUCGUCAAGGAUGAUCGUGAAUAUUACUAUUACAUUCAGCUACACCUGGCCCUUUGUAUUUACGUCGUGCUCGUUGUGUUGGUCUCUUGUGACACACUUUACAUGGUCCUGGUGCAGCAUGGUUGUGGACUGCUAACUGUGGCCGGAUAUCGCUUCAAAAACGCAGUCAAGAAGAAUUCUUUUAUUGCGAAAUAUUCUGGAACGAAGGCAAAGGAAAUGCAUGAAAGUGUAAGGUACUCCAUACAGGGCCAUCAAAGGGCUAUAACGUCAGUAUUACUCAGGGACUGUACUAGUUAUUAUCCAAAUUAAAAUCGCAGUUA